AUGUCUUCCAUCAAACUCACACUCAUCAUCAUUCACGGUGGCUGGCACGUACCGGCAUCCUAUGAUAAACUCACAGUAGCUCUCGAAAACGCAGGCUAUGAAGUACACUGCCCACGCUUGCCAUCAACAAAUGAGUCCCGUCCUCCAAAUGCCGACCUUUACACCGAUUCUGAUCUCGUUCGUGGCUACGUCUCAAGCCUUGUGCGGGCCGGACGAACUGUCGUGGCGAUCAUGCACUCUUACGAUGGACAAGUUGGAAGCAAUGCUCUCGUCGGCCUUGGCACUGAAUCUCGUGCAGCUAAGGGUCUUCUCGGUGGAGUGUCGAAAUUGAUCUACAUGGCAGCAUUUGCAGUCCCUGAAGGAAUCGGCAUGAUGGACAAGGUCAAAGAGUUUGGCCACAUGGACCUAGUACCCGUUGCCUUCAACUUUGCUGAAGAUAAUUCUUGCACCAACAACGACCCAAAAACACUACUCGUUGGUCCCAAUGACCUUGCUCCCGAAGUAGUUGAUGAGUACCUUUCAACACUCGUACGUUGGAAUGGCAACGCGAUGUACUUGCCCAUCAAGCAUGCCGCUUGGCGCGAGAUACCAGUUGGAUAUAUUUAUUCAACAGGUGAUAUGACCGUCCCGUUCGACUACCAGAAAAGCUUCGUGGAGGGCAUGGAAAAAGCAGGCCGUCCUGUUGAUACUGUCGAGUUGGCGACUGGACAUUGCCCCAACUUGACCGCCACCGACAGCGUGGUUGAUGCUAUCAGAAAGUUCACAAGUGACUAG